AGGGCCAUUUGAAGUGGCUAGUUUUAGCACUUUGGUUUAAAACGACCUUUCAAUAUGGCGGUAAUGAUUCUUCUGACUCCGAAGUGCCCUUCAGAGGUGGAUUUAUCACGUUUGGAACGCAGCCCAAUGCUCUACAGAGCAAAUAUAUGAACUGCCAGCAGGUGGCAGCACAUCAACUUCAGCGCGUGUCCUCAAGCUUGUUUCCAUGCAACUGUAAACAAUGAAUGCAGGGGUUCUGUUCGCCAAACAAAUGUGAGGCUGCUCAUCGUUUCUGUCGUUAUCCAUUAUUAGAAAUGGCCUAUUCACAGUCACCUAAGAAGGCUGGUAUUCCACGAGAGGUUUUGAAAUGGCUGCAGAGUCUUGAUUUAACGUUUUUUCCAAAAAACGUGCGCAGGGACUUUUCCAAUGGAUACCUAGUGGCGGAAAUAUUUUCCUGGUACUUCCCAGGGGAUUUUCAUAUGCAUUCCUAUGAAAACGGAGCUUCCUUGCCUGCCAAACAAUCAAACUGGUCCCAGAUUGAGAAAUUUCUUGUGAAGCAAAACAUCAGUCUGAUGAAGGAGAUCAUAGAUGGCACAAUCCACUGUAAACCUGGAGCUGCAGAGCUUCUUGUGCAGGAGAUUUACACCAUACUGACCAACAGAAGGAUCCAAACCAUCCAGCAGGUGGAGCAAGGCUUCACAGAUAAGGCUUAUCAAGACCAGUUGCCCAUGGUGGCUCGUUCCACAGCCUCAGUGGCCAUAAAGAGCAACUUGAGUCUCAGUGAGGUUAUAGCUGAACCAAAUGUCAUCGCCAAUCAGCGCAAGGUCCUUGCAAUCAUACACCGGCACAUAGAACGGAGAAAAGAGGAGAGAACCCAAGACCCAAAACGAUUCAAUGUUAAGCCCACUCUCGGAGAACAGGCUGUCAGAUUGCGUCCACUGUUAGCCCACAAGAGCGAGCCAAGCCUGCAGAUGAACACCAGUCAGGCAGCUUGUUAACUGCCUGGCCCUACAUUCCCAACAAAAGGAUGAGACAUAUGUUCAGUGGCAUCUGGAUUCAGAAGCAAAUGCUUUGCAGAUAUUGGAGGCAAAUUAUGAGACCGUUUAAGGUAGAUGUCCAAAGAAGGUCUUCAAAGCACAUUCAAAACGAGGCCCUAGAGAUUUGAACACAAGAUUCAUUCCCACAAUAAAAAGAAAUAAAAAUAACAAGCAUACACAUCAGUGUGCAGGUUGCUUUUGCUGUCAAUGUCUGAACAGAAUACAUCUCCACAAAAAAAAAAAAAAAUCCAUGUUUAUCAGGUUCUGAAGGCUUGUUCAGAUUGACAUUGGAUUUGAAUUUUCUACAUUGGAAUAGCUUCACCAUAUGGGUCAACAAAUCCAUCUGUUGUUAUUUACUCAUAAAUACUUCAAACUUUUCAUACAUUUUUCAAAAAAACAGAUGUUCAUUAAUGUUAAAAUAGUUCAAACUUUUUUUUUUUUAAUUCAUUGAUUCAUAAACUCUUUAUUUUUUUUUUUUCAAAAUAAAUAUUAGUAUAUCAGAAUAUAUAAUAUAAUUACACACACAUACACACCGAUCAGGCAUAACAUUAUGACCACUGACAGGUUAAUAACACUGAUUAUCUCUUCAUCACAGCACCUGUUAGUGGGUGGGAUAUAUUAGGCAGCAAGUGAACAUUUUGUCCUCAAAGUUGAUGUGUUAGAAGCAGAAAAAAGGGCAAGUGUAAGAAUUUGAGGGAGUUUGACAAGGGCCAAAUUGUGAUGGCUAGACGACUGGGUCAGAGCAUCUCCAAAACUGCAGCUCUUGUGGGGUGUUCCCGGUCUGCAGUGGUCAGUAUCUAUCAAAAGUGGUCCAAGGAAGGAACAGUGGUAAACCGGCGACAGGGUCAUGGGUGGCCAAGGCUCAUUGAUGCACGUGCGGAGCGAAGGCUGGCCUGUGUGGUCCGAUCCAACAGACAAGCUACUGUAGCACAAAUUGCUCAAGAAGUUAAUGCUGGUUCUGAUAGAAAGGUGUCAGAAUACACAGUGCGUCGCAGUUUGUUGCGUACAGGGCUGCAUAGCCGUACUGACCCCUGUUCACAGAUGAAAGCGCCAACAGUGGGCACGUGAGCAUCAGAACUGGACCACGGAGCAAUGGAAGAAGAUGGCCUGGUCUGAUGAAUCAUGUUUCUUUUACAUCACGUGGAUGGCCGGGUGCAUCGCUUACCUGGGUAACACGUGGCACCAGGAUGCACUAUGGGAAGAAGGCAAGCCGGCGGAGGCAUUGUGAUGCUUUAGGUCCAGCCAUCCAUGUGGAUGUUACUUUGACACGUACCACCUACCUAAGCAUUGUUGCAGACCAUGUACACCCUUUCAUGGAAACUGUAUUCCCUGAUGGCUGUGGCCUCUUUCAGCAGGUUAAUGUGCCCUGCCACAAAGCAGAAAUGGUUCAGGAAUGGUUUGAGGAGCACAACAACGAGUUUGAGGUGUUGAGUUGGCCUCUAAAUUCCCCAGAUCUCAAUCCAAUCGAGCAUCUGUGGGAUGUGCUGAACAAAAAAGUCAGAUCCAUGGAGGCCCCUCCUCGCAACUUAGAGGACUUAAAGGAACUGCUGCUAACAUCUUGGUGCCAGAUACCACAGCACACCUUCAGGGGUCUGGUGGAGUCCAUGCCUUGAUGGGUCAGGGCUGUUGUGGCAGCAAAAGCGGUGCCAAAACAAUAUUAGGAAGAUGGUCAUAAUGUUAUGCCUGAUCGGUGUGUGUGUGUGUGUACAUAUAUAUAUAUAUAAUUAUUUAUGCUUUCGCUAAUUCAGACAUAUAUAUCAUGAUAUUUGUGACAGUGAUGUUUAUGAACAAUUUUUUCCCUCCUCCUCCUCAUGAUGAUAUUUCUAUGGUUAUUGUCCAUGAGUAAUGACAGUGAGUAACAGGAAACAAUAAUAAAACACACAACUGCUAUGA